AUGGAGGGCAAAGUCAAGGCCUCCAAGGCCUCGAAGGUCUUGCAGCCUUCCACCUCCCAGAAUGUCCCUGGGAAAAGCAUCGAGGAGGUCUAUCAGAAGAAGUCACAGUUAGAGCACAUCCUGCUGCGUCCAGACACAUACAUUGGCAGCACUGAAGCCCAGCAGCAGAAGCUGUGGGUCCACGAUGGCGAGCAGCUAGCCCUGAAGGAGAUUGAAUUCGUGCCAGGACUGUACAAGAUAUUCGAUGAGAUCCUUGUCAAUGCAGCUGACAACAAAGUCCGUGAUCCGAAAAUGGAUGCUCUCCGCGUUGACAUUGAUCCGGCCGAAAACACCAUCCGCGUCUGGAACAAUGGGGACGGAGUACCAGUGGAGGUGCACAAGGAAGAAAAGGUGUACGUACCCGAGCUCAUCUUCGGUCACUUGCUGACCAGCUCCAACUACGAUGACGACGAGAAGAAGGUGACUGGUGGGCGCAACGGCUAUGGAGCCAAGCUGGCCAACAUCUUCUCCACAGAGUUCGUCAUCGAGACCUGCGAUGGCAAGAGGCAGCGGCAAUACCGCCAGGUGUUCCGGGACAACAUGGGAGUGAAGCAGGAGCCAGUGAUCAAGGCAUGCAAGGCAUCUGACAACUGGACCUGCGUCACCUUCAAGCCGGACCUUGCAAAGUUUGGCAUGAGUGUCCUGGAGGAGCAGACUGUCUCCCUCAUGCGCAAGCGAGUCUAUGACCUGGCAGGCGUCCUAGGCAAGGGUGUCAAGGUGUACCUGAAUGGCAAGCUGCUGCCCAUCAAGUCCUUCCAGGACUAUGUGGGGCUCUACUUGAAGGACAAGGACACGGCGCGGGUCUAUGAGAAGGUCAAUGACCGUUGGGAGAUCUGCAUCUGCGCCAGUGAGGGCCAGUUCCAGCAGGUCAGCUUUGUCAACUCCAUCUGCACAGUCAAGGGCGGCACGCAUGUGAACCAUGUCGUGGACCAGAUCACCAAGGCCAUCUGCGACAAGAUGAACAAGGGCAAGAAGGCCAAUGUGAAGCCCUUCAUGGUCAAGAACUACCUGUCGGUCUUCGUCAACUGCAUGAUCGAGAACCCCGCCUUUGACUCCCAGACCAAGGAGACACUCACCCUGAGGGCGUCCAGCUUCGGCUCCAAGUGCGAUGUGAGCGACUUAAAGUUCCUGAAGAAGCUGGAGGCGUGCGGCAUCACAGACCUGGUCAACGCCUUUGCCACCUUCAAGAACGAGAAGGAGCUCAAGAAGACCGAUGGCGCCAAGCGCUCCCGCAUCACUGGCCUGACAAAGCUGGAUGAUGCCAAUGACGCGGGCGGGCGCAACUCCGAGCAGUGCACCCUGAUCCUGACUGAGGGUGACUCAGCCAAAUCCCUGGUCAUCGCCGGCAUGAGCGUUGCUGGCCGCGACCAAUUCGGCGUCUUCCCUCUCAGGGGCAAACUGCUGAAUGUGCGCGACGCUGCUGUGACCCAGAUCAAUGGCAACGCUGAGAUCAACGCCAUCAAGCAGAUUCUGGGCCUGCAGCACGGCAAGAGCUACGACAGCACGAAGCAGCUGCGCUACGGGCACCUGAUGAUCAUGACGGAUCAGGACCACGACGGCUCCCACAUCAAGGGCCUCAUCAUGAACUUCCUGCACCACUUCUACCCCUCCCUCCUCAAGGUCAAGGGCUUCCUGCUCGAAUUCAUCACCCCCAUCGUCAAGGUGAGCAAGGGCAAACAGAAGCUGUCCUUCUUCACGAUGCCAGAGUACGAAGCCUGGAAGAAGAGCGCCUCCCCCGGCUGGACCAUCAAGUACUACAAGGGGCUGGGUACCUCCGACAAGAAGGAGGCGCAGGAGUAUUUUGCCGGCAUCGACCAGCACCGCAAGAGCUUCGUCUACACAGGGGAGGAGGAUGACCAGGCCAUAGAGCUGGCCUUCUCCAAGAAGAAGAUUGAGGAGCGCAAGCAGUGGCUGGCCGGCUUUGAGCCUGGCACCUACCUGGACCAGAGCGUGGACGAGAUCUCCUACAGCGACUUUGUCAAUAAGGAGCUGAUCCUGUUCUCGCGCGCUGACCUGGAGCGCUCCAUCCCCAACAUGGUGGACGGCCUCAAGCCCGGCCAGCGCAAGAUCCUCUUCUGCUGCUUCAAGCGCAACAUCCGCAGGGACGUCAAGGUGGCGCAGCUGUCGGGCUUUGUGUCGGCGGACACGGCGUACCACCACGGGGAGGCGAGCCUGCAGAGCACCAUCAUCGGCCUCGCGCACAACUUCAUCGGCAGCAACAACGUCAACCUGCUGGUGCCCCAGGGGCAAUUUGGGACGCGGCUGCAGGGCGGCAAGGAUGCGGCAGGCGCUCGGUACAUCAUGACACGGCUGGACCCCAUCGCGCGCGUCGUCUUCCACGAGCAUGACGAUAAGCUGCUGGACUACCUCAAGGAGGAGGGGCAGUCCAUCGAGCCCCACUGGUACCUGCCCAUACUGCCCAUGGUGCUGGUGAACGGUGCGGAGGGCAUCGGCACUGGCUGGAGCACCUACAUACCCAACUACAACCCCCGGGACAUCGUGGCCAACCUGCGGCGGCUGCUGGCCGGCGAGGAAGUGGUGGCCAUGCAGCCCUGGUACAACGGCUUCAAGGGCACCAUCCAAGAGAUCCCCUCCAAGACCGCCGGGAAGUCCUACAACGUCCACGGCACCGUCGCGCAGGUGGACGAGAGUACGCUGGAGAUCACAGAGCUGCCGGUGCGCAAGUGGACGCAGGACUACAAGGAGUUCCUGGAGGGCCUGAUCAAACCCGAGGAGAAGACGGGGCCCCCCAUCCUGUCCGAUUACAGGGAGCACCACAGCGACGCUGACGUGCACUUCACGCUGCAGCUGCUGCCGGGGCAGAUGGAUGCCUGCCUCGCCGCGGGGCUUCACGCCAAGUUCAAGCUCACCAACAAGAUGUCCUGCGGCAACAUGGUGCUGUUUGACCAGCGCGGCGUGAUCAAGCGCUACGAGACGGCGGAGGACAUUCUGAAGGACUUCUACGAGCUGCGCAUUGACUACUACGCCAAGCGCCGCCUCUGCCUGAUCAGGGAGGCGGAGUUCCAGAUGAGGAUUCUGGCAAAUGAGACGCGUUUCAUUCUGGCAGUGGUGUCGGGAGAGCUGGUGGUCAGCAACCGCAAAAAGGCUGACAUUGUGGCUGACCUGGAGCGGGCAGGCUACGACAAGAUGCCCCCCAAGAAGAAGGCUGCGGUGGUGGCGUCCAUGGAUGACCAGGAGGAGUUGGCAGAGGAGGCGAUUGUGGAGGUCAAGGUCACCUACGACUAUCUCCUCUCCAUGCCCAUCAGCAGCCUCACCCUCGAGAAGGUGCAAGCGCUGCAGGAUGAGGCGGAGCGGCAGGCGGCGGAGGUGGCGCGGCUGCACGCGACCAUGCCCCCGCAGCUCUAUGCCAAGGACCUGGACGCGUUCGAGGCGGCUCUGGCCGAGCGCGACGCCGAGACCGCGCGCGAGGCCGACCUGCUCGUCGUGCAGCAGAAGCGCGCCGGCCGAGGCGGCGGCGCCGGCGGCAAGGUGGGGCUCAUUGCCCUCUUGUUACUUUCCUUCUUCACAUAA